AUGCAAAAGCUAGCGAUCUCUGUUUAUAUUUACCUGUUCAUGCUGAUUUCAGUUGAUCUGGUGGCUCUUGAUGACGGUAAUCAGCCCACAGAAAACGCCGAAAAAGACGGACUGUGCAAUGCUUGUACAUGGAGACAGAAUACAAAAUCUUCCAGAAUAGAAGCUAUAAAAAUUCAAAUCCUCAGCAAACUGCGCCUGGAACAAGCUCCUAACAUUAGCAGGGAUGUUAUUAAGCAACUUUUACCCAAAGCUCCUCCGCUACAGGAACUGAUUGAUCAGUAUGACGUCCAAAGAGACGAUAGUAGCGAUGGCUCUUUGGAAGACGAUGACUAUCAUGCUACUACUGAAACGAUUAUCACAAUGCCUACGGAGUCCGAUUUUCUUCUGCAAAUGGAGGGAAAACCAAAAUGUUGCUUCUUUAAGUUUAGCUCUAAAAUACAAUAUAACAAAGUAGUAAAGGCACAAUUGUGGAUAUACUUGAGGCAAGUCCAAAAACCUACGACAGUGUUUGUCCAGAUCCUGAGACUUAUUAAACCCAUGAAAGAUGGUACAAGAUAUACUGGAAUUCGAUCUUUGAAACUCGACAUGAACCCAGGCACUGGUAUUUGGCAGAGUAUCGAUGUGAAGACAGUGUUGCAGAAUUGGCUCAAACAGCCUGAAUCCAAUUUAGGCAUCGAAAUAAAAGCUUUUGACGAGAAUGGACGAGAUCUUGCUGUAACUUUCCCAGGACCAGGUGAAGAUGGAUUGAACCCAUUUUUAGAGGUCAGAGUUACAGACACACCGAAACGGUCCCGCAGAGAUUUUGGCCUCGAUUGUGACGAGCACUCAACAGAAUCCCGAUGUUGUCGCUAUCCGCUGACAGUGGAUUUUGAAGCUUUCGGAUGGGACUGGAUUAUCGCACCUAAAAGAUACAAAGCCAAUUACUGCUCCGGAGAAUGCGAAUUUGUAUUUUUACAAAAAUACCCGCACACUCACCUUGUACACCAAGCAAACCCCUUUUGCUGCACGCCCACCAAAAUGUCCCCCAUAAACAUGCUGUACUUCAACGGGAAGGAACAAAUAAUAUACGGCAAGAUACCGGCCAUGGUUGUAGAUCGCUGCGGGUGCUCAUGAGAUUGUUGUGAGAUCCACCGCUUCAUGAAUUGUGGAAGCUACCAAAAAGAAAAAAAAAAGUUAUACCCCCUCACCAGUCUUUGAAACUGUGAAGUUACGUACGCUAGGCAUUGCCGACAUCCUACAUGCUGUAUGAUAGGCUAUCGUACAGAUUUAGCGCAGCACCAGCUACAGAACGUGAACU